AUGAGUGCGAAGGACCUGAUCUACAGCCGUGUGCUCCUACGAGUGAACCUCAUUGUGUGUCACGAGGAAGUGCAUAUCCACGCAGAAGCCUGCAGAGUAGUGGUGGCUAUACUAAAGUCUGCCUACAUCUUCCGCCAACUCGAGGUGGAAAUUUUAGAAAUGGGUCAUAGCCUGGAGGACAAGUACUUGAGGGCGGUGGCUGAAAACAAGAGGGCCCUCGUGGCCAACUACGCGGCCGUAUUCCUGCAGCUGGCUUCCAUGACCUUGAUGACGGCUCGGGGCACCCACACUUUUCAAGUGGAAGAAUUCGGGAAAUUUACUUUCCGGAUGCUGCUCCAGGUGACGAGGUAUGGCGAGUGGUCCGCCGUGGAGCUGGCCAUGAAGAUCUGGCAGAAACUCAUGCGCGAGCUAAACCAUUUUAGGAGGGUCUCCGCCUUUGAGCCUCUCCUGUAUGAUCUGAUGGGGGUCCUCUUCGAGCGCAUCCAGCUGCGCGACUGCCACCAACACUCUGGCCUGCACCACCGUACCCGAUUUGCGGGUUUCCGCAGACGUGUCGACGAAACCGUGAGGGUCAUGGCUCAGCUAGUUACCCCCAUCAUCAUGGAGAGCUUCUGGUCCACCGCCCAGAACCCAGCGAGUCCCUGGAUGCAGGUGGAGGCAGCCGCCUUCUUUCUCAUCCCGUUUAUUAACGGCUACACUAUCUUGAAGGUCUCCUUCUACGAGCGUCUUCUCGAAAUCCUCUCGGAGCGUCCCCAGAACAUCUUCCGCGGGAUAGAGCGCCGUAUCCAGAAGAAAAUCCGAAAGCAAGCCCUAGUUAUCUCGAACGAAUCCAACUGUCCAUCCUGCUAA